AUGUUGGUGGAUUUUGUUGGACAGUUGAAGCGCAAGUAUUUAGCAACAGCCUUCUCCUCCUUGAAUGGCUCACCAACUUCCUACACGACCGCCGCGGUCGCUGGCGGUCCCCUCGCCGUCCCUCAGUGCUUCAGUGACUCGCCGCAGUCCCUCAGCGGGCAGUCUCGGUUCCCCACUGUCGCCUCUCAACGCCUUAUCCCACCCCGGUCCCUCAGCGCCUUAUCCGCCUCAGCGCCUUGGUCUAUCACCGCCCCGCAGCGCCCUGAUUCGGUCCCUCAGUCCCCCUCAACCCGCCUCGGUCCUUCAUUCUCUUCAUCCCGCCUCAGCCCCCCACUACCUCCCUCAGCCCCUCAGUCCGCCCCACCUCGCCUCGGUUCCUCAGCCCCUCACCGACCGCCCCUCACUGCCCUCCCUUCACAGAAUCACAGCAUUGUUAUAGCCGGAAGGGACCCCUGGAGAUCAUCCAGUCCAACUCCCCUGCCAAGGCACAGUCACCCAGAGCAGGUGACACAGGAACAUGUCCAGGAUCACUUCCCAGUACAGCUGGGCAUGGAGCAGCACAGGAAGCAAACCCAUCACUUCAAGCAUGUCUCUAAGAAAGUACUAAGGGAUGGAAAAUGAGCAAAGGAAUGUGUAAGACGCUGGAUGGUGAAUUCCUACCACUCUGGAGAGCAAAUCAUGACUGUGUUGCACAUGGAACAAGUUUAUUCUCAGUCAUCAGAACUGCAGAGUAGGAGAAAAGCAAGUGGCUGAAUUCCAAGAAAGCCAUGAAGUGGAAGUGAAGGUUCAAACAGCUUGUGUGUAAGGUUAAUGUCUGUCAGCUGUGGGGCAGGCAAAAAGAAGCUUUGCAGAACCAGGAACUGAAGACAUAGUCCAUAAAGGGUCAGGUGGUGCCAUUGUGAUUAUUGUAGAUUCAGAAUUACUGUUGAGAAGGAUGUUGCAUACAAGUGGAGUGGUUUCCUCUUUCAACUGAAGCCAAACCAACAGCAUUUCAUUAACUUCUUUUCCUUCUUCUUUACUCCAGCUGUGUGAUCUAAUACAGCAGUAUAGAUGCUGGAAGCUUGGCUCAAAAACCAGCUGGAUACAUUGGUGGAUCAAAGAACGAGCUAUAUCAUGAACUACCAUUACAUAUAGACAUCACCUCAGUCUGUCUGUGAGGUAGGACCCUGGAAAUAAAGGAAUUAUCCAGAAUUUAUUAUUGCUUUGUUCCCGUGCUCUGAUUUAGGUAUCUUCUCUUGGCCCCUGGGCAGGACACUGAGUUAGGUGGUUUACUCUUUGUGGUACAUAUUUUCAUAUACUCUUACAUUCACUUAUUCUCUUAUUAUGGCCUUUGUGCCAUAUGUCUGAUUGCUUUGGGUUCAAUCAUCCUGGAUCCAGAAAAUGAUGUGGAGUUACCACAGCUACAGCUACACCAGAAAGAAAGGCCACAUGCUGGCAAUGGAAUUACUGGCAAACACGACACUAAUUACCUGGGGAGCCACAGGGCCUUCUGCAAAACAGACUGGAGAGACACUCAAAGUCA